CGUAUGUGAUUCACGUGAACUCAACAGGCUGUGGCCUAUUUAUACACGCAAGCCAAGGGAGAAAGGGAGACGUAACAAAGAACAAAAACUUCGGAAAUUCGACGGAAAAAAAAAACAAGAGUUUGGAGCCAUGAUUCUUCAGUUGCAGAGCAAGUGGGUUAAGCUUGACCAGAAAGGAGAUGGUCCAGGGGCAAGAAGCUCGCACGCCAUGGCCACGGUGGGCAACAAAAUCUACUCCUUCGGCGGCGAAUUCAAGCCGACAAUCCCCGUCGACAACCACCUCUUCGUUUACGAUCUCAAGACUCAGACAUGGUCCAUCUCUCCCGCCACAGGCGACAUCCCCAUGGUCACCUUCGGCGUCUGUAUGGUCGCCAUCGGAACCACCCUCUACCUAUUCGGCGGCCGUGACGAGGCCAAAAACUACAACGGUCUCUACGCUUACGACACGCUCACGAACAAGUGGGAGUUACUGUCUCCACCGGACGAGGGGCUUCCCGGUCGUAGCUACCACUCCAUGGCCGCGGACGACCAGAACGUGUACGUCUUUGGUGGCGUGACCGCUAACGGAAGGGUCAACACUCUCCACUCGUACAACAUCGUCGACAGGGAGUGGAAAGAGUUCCCGUCCCCCGGCGAUUCCUGUAAGCCGAGAGGCGCACCAGGGCUCGCAGUCGUGGACGGGAAGAUAUGGGUCAUCUACGGAUUCUGCGGACAUGCGUUGGACGAUAUUCACUGCUUCGAUUUGGCCGAAAACGAGUGGAAACUGGUCGAGACGACGGGCGAGGUCCCGCCGGCGAGAAGCGUUUUCGCGACGGCGGUCACGGGGAAACACGUAGUGAUAUUCGGGGGCGAGUUGGAGCCUAGCCCGCUGAUGCAUAUGGGGGCGGGGAGAUUCUGUGAUCACGUUUACGCGUUGGACACGGAGACGUUGGCGUGGAAGAUACUGGACAAUGCGUCGUCGGUCGGGACGGAGGUGGAUCAUCCGAGGCUGCGCGGGUGGUGCGGGUUCACGACUGCGGUCAAGGACGGGGAGGAAGGGCUGGUGAUUCACGGCGGGAACUCGCCGAGCAAUGAACGGCUCGGUGAUUUCUACAUUUUCAGCUUCUCAUCUUUGGCAAGUGGAAACUAGAGUUCGUGAUGUUAGAGACAUGAUGUUUUAUGGUGUGCAAGUCUUGUCAUGGCAAUUUCAUUAAAUUCUAAUAAAUCCGUCAAUAAUAAUAAUGAUGAUGAUGAUGAUGAU